AUCCAACAUCACUGUUAUGUUAUGCACUCUCUCUCCUCACUCUUCCUCUUUCUCUCUCUAGGGUUUGGUCCACUCCUCCCCCCUCUUUAUAACUCCCCAUCACUUUCUGUUAAAUUUAUGAGUCCCUUCUGAAUAUAUAUCUCUUCUGGGAGUUGCUCUUAAGAAGCCUUCUUAUUCAUCAUCUCCUCCUCUUCUUCUCCCGCUUCUCUCAUCUUCAGCUGGUCAUAUAUAACCUCCGUUUCCGGAUUUCGCUUCGUUUUGUUUUGUCUAUCAUCUCGGUCCUCUUCAAAGUCAUACGGAAUUAUAUAAGCACCUCUUUGUAGGAAAAUAUACAUAGGUAUAAGAAUGUCGAGCAGAAGGUCGAGGCAGUCCUCUUCUUCAGGGUCUUCGAGGAUUAGUGAUGAUCAGAUUAUCGAGCUCAUCUCGAAGUUACGCCAGUUUCUUCCUGAGAUUCGGGAUAAUCGACGCUCCAAUAAGGUAUCGGCCUCGAAGGUACUGCAAGAGACGUGCAGCUACAUUCGGAACCUGCACAGAGAAGUAGAUGACCUCAGUGAGCGGCUGUCCCAGCUACUAUCUACCAUUGAUGCUGAUAGUCCAGAAGCUGCCAUAAUUAGGAGCUUAAUUCAGCAAUAAUUUUACCCUUUUCCCUUAUUCCUAAAUAUAUAUAUGUGUUUGUAGUUUUCUCCGGAUCCUUAAUUAAUGAUCACUAGGGUUUUGUCGAUCUCUAGAUCAAACAAAACUUCAGGCUUUUGUAUUAUAUAUAAAUACAUACAUAUUUAUAUAUAAUUCCCUGUACGGACGUAAUGUAUGGAGUACUGUAAGUAUAGUAAUAUUUUAUGUGCAAUAAAAAGGACCUUGCACCAGCAGGUUAGGUUGUCUCAAA